AUGCGGUUCGGCAAGACUCUUCGCAAGUCGGUGUACCCGCCGUGGAAGGGCAAUUAUAUCGACUAUGGCAAGCUCAAGACCUUGCUGCGCGAGAAUGAUGUCACGGGCGACGGCGAGGACGCCAGUGACUCCGACGACGGCCAAUGGACCGAGCAGGACGAGGAGGCCUUUGUCCAGGAGCUGCUGAAUGCCCAGCUCGACAAGGUCAACAACUUCCAAUCGCAGACUUCGCAGCAGCUCCGGGAACGCACCACCGCGUGCGAGGCCAAGCUCCGCCCGCUGGCCCCGGCCGCCGACCAGGAAAUCGCAGCUUUGGAUGACGUCGAGAAGCGCACCAUUGCCUCCGAGGCCUUGCAGGAGCUCGACAGCAUCACCAAGGAAGUGAGCGAGCUGGAGAAGUACAGCCGCAUCAACUUCACCGGCUUCCUCAAGGCCGCCAAGAAGCAUGACCGCAAGCGUGGUGCCCGGUACCGUGUCAAGCCGCUGCUGCAGGUGCGCCUCUCGCAGCUGCCCUUCAAUUCGGAGGAUUACUCGCCGCUGGUGCAUCGCCUGUCGGUCAUGUAUUCCUUUGUGCGCGAGACCCUCAGCCAGGACAUCGUCCACGCCAAGGAGCCGGAACGGGGCUUCGGCCGCGAUAUCUACUCGUCCUACAAGUUCUGGAUCCACGCCGAUAAUGUCCUCGAGGCCAAGACGCACAUCCUGCGUCGUCUGCCCGUGCUCAUCUACAACCCGGGCACGUCCAAGGACGUGCUGUCCCUGCCCGAAGAUCCCACCAUCACCUCGCUCUACUUUGACAACCCCCAGUUCGACUUGUACAACCAGAAGGUGGCUCGCGCCUCGGAAGCGGGCUCGUUGCGUCUCCGCUGGACGGGUCAGCUGCAAGACAAGCCGCCCAUCUACCUCGAGAAGAAGAUCGUGUCCGAAGAUGACAGCAGUCGCGAGAUCAGGGUGCAGCUAAAGGAAAAGCAUAUCAAGGAGUUUCUAGACGGGGAAUACCACCUGGACAAGAAGGUGCACCGGAUGGAAGAUCAGAACAAUGGCGAGUCGGCUGAGGCCCAAUCCCUCAAGAAGAAUGUCGAGGAACUGCAAUCCUUCGUCAAAGAGAACAAUCUGCAGCCUAUGCUGCGGGCCAACUACACACGCACCGCGUUCCAGAUCCCCGGUGAUGACCGCAUCCGCAUCUCCCUCGACACCAACCUUGCCUUGAUUAGGGAAGACUCGCUCGACCCCGAACGUCCUUGCCGUGAUCCCGCCGAGUGGCACCGCUCCGAUCUGGAUGAUACCGCCAUGAGCUACCCGUUCAAUGCAGUUCGUACGGGUGAGAUCGUCCGCUUCCCCCACGCUCUGUUGGAAAUUAAGCUGCGCGGCAAGGCCCAUGACUCCGAGUGGGUGAACGAUCUCAUGUCUUCCCACCUGGUCAAGGAGGCCCCGCGCUUCUCCAAGUUUGUCCACGGUAUUGCCCAGCUGUUUGAGGAUCAUGUAAACAGCUUCCCUUUCUGGCUUGGCGAGCUGGAAAACGAUAUUCGACGGGACCCCGAAACCGCUUUCCACGAGGAGCAAGAACGCCUGGCCAAGCGUGCCGAGGAAGAUUUUGCUGUUGGCAGUUUCUUCGGUGCCUCGGGCAGUCCCAGUGCCCACCCGCUGUCCGGGUCUCCCUUAAACCGACGGCGCGACUCAGUGUUUCGCUCAAACAUUCGUCGCCCAUCUGGCAUGAGCGAAACAGGUGCUGUGCCUUCACGGCCUCGUAUUUCUGUCGUUGAACCCCAGCCCCGCGAGCAACCACAGCCACCCGCGGAGCCCGAGACCGAAUCUCCCCAGUCAUCUAACUUCAAUACGAUCCUCCAGGGCCUCACCCAGAAAUUCCAAAACUGGUCCGCCCGCGAGGGCGUCUCCCUCCCACCGGGUAUCCGCCACCCCGGCAUCUGGAUCAAGGACGCCGGGCCGGUCCGUGUCGAAAGCAAAGUCUGGCUCGCCAACCAGCGAACCUUUAUCAAAUGGCUGCACAUUAGUAUUUUGCUGUCGAGUCUGUCCUUGGGGCUGUACAACUCCGCGGGGAAACACAACCGCGUUGCGCAGGCCUUGGCCGUCGUCUACACAUUUUUCGCACUUUUCUCCGCCGCUUGGGGCUGGUAUAUGUACGAGAAGCGCUCUCGCCUGAUCCGCCAGCGCAGCGGAAAGGACCUGGACAACAUGUUUGGGCCCCUGGUCGUGUGUCUUGGCCUGGCGGUGGCCUUGGUUCUGAACUUUGCCUUUAAGGUAGGUUUUUCCCCCCUUCUUUUGGGGGUUUUCUAA